ACCCUCACCCCCGAAAAAUCUCACAAUAGUUCCAAUUCCAUCUUCAUCUUGUUGUUGUUGAUGCUGUCUAGUGGAAGCUUCAAUGAACAUGGCGGUUUUAGAGACGAAGAGAAAAGCUCAUGUAAAUGGAGUAAAGGGGUUUGGAUUAUGAUUUAUGUUAAAGCAAAUAUGAGCCACACAUGUGGUGGAAGUUGCAUGGAGCGAAGGCUAACUAAAGGAAGCUACAAUUUCCUUAACCCCAUGGCUCAAUACAAAACAAAAGGAGUGUUUUCUUUCUUAUUAUUUACUUCCCAAUUAUAUUUUAAUAAUUUUUUUAAAAUACUUAAUUAUCGUACAAAAAUCAAAUUUAUUCUAAUUACCCUUAUGUUAUUUAAUUUCUUUUGUAAAAAUCUUUAAGAUGGACCAAGUAUAGUACGUACAAUAUUAAAUCAUAAUUAAGCAAGAAUACGAUUUUAACCUAUUUAAAGUACUGAUUAAAUUACAAAUUAUAAGUCAAAAUAGUAUGGUUUGCAGGCGUGGUAUGCACAGACAGAGGCGAGACAUCUCUACGUUUUACAUCGCAGGUUUUCCAGACGGGACAUAAACAACCGGAGAUGGUUGGUCGAAGGUUUGCAGGCGUGGUAUGCACAGACAGAGGCGAGACAUCUCUACGUUUUACAUCGCAGGUUUUCCAGACGGGACAUGUAAACUGGAUCUACAUGGGGUUUUUGACGCAUUCGGGCAAGUAUCGGACAUCUAUAUUGGAGGGAAGAAGAACCGACGCAACCAAAACUUUGCUUUUAUUCGGUAUGCAGGUGUGAAGGAUAUACAAGAUAUGGAAAAGAAGAUGAACGGUAUUAGAUGUCGUGGUGUAUCCCUAAUCGCUAACCUUGCAAAAUACCAAGCGGAGAAUCCUGACACUGGUCGAACUACCAGUGGCAAAUCAAAGGUCUCGGUCCCCAAACCGGGGAUCAAAAUUGGAAGUAGGGAUUCAAGGACCUAUGCGCAGGCGGUUGCUGGAACAAAUGCAGUUCGAAGUGGUAAUUCCCCCCCUAUUCCACUUAAUGCAAAGACUGCCAUGUGUGAAUGGAUCAAGAAGACCCUACUGAUUGGCGAAGCCCACAGCCUUGAUCACAUAGCAAACUUGCCAAACCAUACUUUCACGCAUGAAAACACUAGAUAUCUCGGUGGUCUUAAGCUUGGAAUUAAAUUUGGUUCGUCAAAGGAGGCCAGAGAAUUCUUAGAAGACAGACCAAGGUGGCAUGAAUGGUUCAAGUGGCUAAAGAUAGAUGCAGAUAAAGAGGUACAAUACGAAAGACUAGCCUGGCUAAGGAUUACCGGGGUUCCUCUCAGAUUUUGGGACACGGACAAUUUCUCCUUAAUUGCUGGUCGCUAUGGUCAGGUUAUUAUUCCAUUCGACAGCAUCUUCGAUAGAAGAGACCUAUCCAUGGGUAAUGUGGGUAUUAUAACAUCACUGAAGAAUUGGAUCAAUGAAGAGGUCAAAAUCUACGUCGAGGGUGAAACGUACAAAGUGGGUGUCGUCGAGUAUACUGAAGGUUGGUCUCCCUUUAAACCUGGGCAUUUCGAUAGAGCGGAAGACGAUCUGAAAGCAGAGGAUAGUGAAUUCGACAGCGAAGAAGAUGGUAUAUCUGAUACAUGGAUACCAGAGUACGCUAACGAUCUUGAGGAAGGAGAAUUCCGUUCCGACGAUGAACCAGGAACACAGCUGGAGAAGUCUAACAGGCAGGCGAUGGGAGGCAAUGCCCCGGUGAUCGUUGAGAACUCAAACGUCGCAUCGCACGAUACUAUUGGUGCAAUUCCCCAAAAAGAUGUCAACCUGGAGCCUAUUAAUGAGUCGGUUGCAAUUCCACAUGUGACGAAUCGGAUGGUAUAUUCUCGGUGGCAAUCGUCCGACAGCUGGUAGACAAGCUGCACACGGUCUGCCCAGUUGCCCCUGUGAUUACUUGGAGCAAAUUAGUACCGAUUAAGGUUAUUAGUAUGGUUUGGCGAGCUGCACAGCUACGUAUUCCAACUGCUACAGCCUUGGAACGGAGGGGUAUUUCAGUCAGCUCAACAUUAUGUUGCUCGUGUAUUGGUUGCCCUGAAUGCGCUGAUCAUGUGCUAAUCAACUGUCCGUUUGCUUACAUGAUCAGAUCCUCCAUAUGGAGCUGGUGUGGAAUUACUAAUCUGUAUGAUUCUAUCAAAACCAUUAGUGACCUGUUACAUUUUGCUAGCAAUUGGGGUGGGAACAUAAAGAAAAGGCAACGAUUCAUUGCGAUUUGCUACGGCAUGCUAUG